AUGAUUAGGCUUCAUUAUAAUCAACAAGUUUUUUCGAUCCAGGAGUUAGCAGAUGCAUUAGUUUCGAGACUCGACAAAAAUAGAAUAUUUCCUCCAUUUUAUUAUAAUCAACCGAAUGAUUUUAUUGUUUCUACGCAACAAGGUCAUGUUGUGAAAAGUAACUGCUUCUUUUUCUGUUGUAAAAAUGUCAAGGAAGAAGCUAACAGGUUUGGAAACGGAAAUAUGCGUAUUGUCUUUAAAGCUUCUGGAAUUUUAUGGAGAAACGCAACAGUUGGGGAAAAGAAAAUUUAUGAGGAUUUAUAUACCGACGCAAAAAAUGCGUGUGCACAGAUAAAUGCCAAUACACAACCGGCUAAUCCGCCUGUCGUUCAAGCACAAAUACAAGCGCCAGAUCCUUUUUAUGAUAUGGUUUCAAACAUGUAUAAUACAGGUUUCACGUUUAAUACAAUGGAAUCUAACGAAUUUCCUACCAUUCUUGAUGAAGUAAAUGGCCCUUCAACAAAUUUUUAUUAG